AUGGCUGCCCCCACCCGCUACGACGUCGUGGUGGUGGGCGCCGGCUCGGGCGGCCUCACCGCCGCGAAGACGGCGGCGCGCUUCGGAGCCAAGACGAUGUUGGUGGAACGCCUGCCACGCUUGGGAGGUGAUUGCACCUGGUUUGGCUGCGUUCCAUCAAAGGCCUUGAUCCGAUGCGCGCACGCCUUCCAUGAGGCACGCUCCAAGGCGCAGCUGUUGGGAGUGGAAGGUAUUGAGACCGAGAAGCUCCAGUGCAAUUGGCAAAAGGUCAAGGAGCACAUCAAGUCGUGUCAAGACUUCAUUUACAAAGAAGAUGACAGCCCCGAAGUGCUGGAAACUGCAGGGGUCACGGUGCGCGUGGGCUGUCACGCAUCCUUCCUGGAUUCCAAGACGAUUCAGCUCACGUCAGGCGACACUGGUGCCGAGCCGGUGGAGACGGUAUUUGCGGAGCACUUCAUCCUUUGCACAGGUGCCAGCCCUGUCUUGCCACCCGUGAAAGGCCUCGAGGAUGUACCUUUCCUCACCUAUGAGACCAUCUUUGACCUCGACGCUCUGCCAUCCAGCCUUUGUAUUUUGGGUGGCGGCCCGAUUGGUGCUGAGCUGGCACAAGCGAUGCAACGCUUCGGCGUCCAGGUGACCCUUGUGGGCAAGCUGAUGCCACGAGAAGAUGAAGAUGUGCGAGGAGUCAUGACAGAGAUCUUCACUGAGGAGGGCAUCACUGUGGUGGCUGCCCGCGCUGACUCGGUCGAGCGCGUCGAGGGCGGAGGUCUCCUACUUCGCGCGGGUGAUCGUGAGCUCCGCUGCGCGGCACUGCUGGUGGCGGCCGGGCGACGGCCGCAGAACCUGGAGAAGCUGAAGUUGGAACGUGCUCAAGUGCGAUGGACCAAGGACGGCAUCCCUGUGGAUCAGAAGCUCCGCAGCAAUGUGCGCCACAUCAUGGCUGUGGGCGACUGCCUGGGUGGGCUUCAGUUCACCCAUCUAGCGGGAUACCAGGGCGCGUUGGCCGCCUUCAAUUGCGUGCAAGGGAUCCAAGUGAAAGGACCUUCGGGUGGACAAGUGCCACGAUGCACCUUCACACAUCCAGAGGUGGCCACUGUGGGGCUGACCUUCACGGAGGCCGUGACGCAACUGGGCGCCGUCCGGGUCUCCGCGCGCCUGCGGCGCUUGGACCACGUGGACCGGGCCAUCUGCGAAUACGAGACGCGAGGCUUCAUCAAGAUGGUGGUCUCCUCCUCGGGGCUUCUGCUGGGCGCCACGGUGGUCGCGCCCAACGCGGGGGAGAUCGCCAGCGAGCUGGGCCUGGCCGUGGCGCAGAAGUUGAAGUUGCAGGCCAUCGCUUCGUGCAUCCACGCGUAUCCCACCAUGAGCUUCGCGCUGCAGCAACUGGCUGCAGAGGACUAUUACGCCAGUUUGCAGAAGAGCCGCACCCUGCGCUGCCUCCGGUCGAUGUGCGGUCCUCGUUUGCAUGGCGCUCGCUGA